AUGGACAAUAACACGCUUGCUGAUCUAAACAGGAUGAUCAUGGCCAUUGACCACGAAUGCUGCAUUAAAGUAAAAGAGAUACGAUUGGAAGCCAGCGAAGAGUACAAUCGUAUCAAAAAUGAGCUGAUCACAAGCCGGAAAAUAGGACUGGAAAGGGAGUUUGCAAAAGAAACAAAGGAAAUUGCAAAGAGGCAGUUGAGGGAAGAAAGCAAAUUGCGGCAGCACCACAAGUUGAAAAUCGAAGAAUUAAAAGCAGCCCUGCUCGAAGAAAUAGUCCAAAACGUCAGGGAAGCAGUUCAAAAGCUGAGUUUUGAUGAGUCUAUUUUGCAAUCGGUUUUGGAAAAAAUAUCGAUAAAUGAAAUAUUUGUGUUUGUAGAUCAGAGAGACAUUGCAGAGACAAAAAAGAUACUCUCAAGGAGCAAUGUUAAGUACGAAAUCAAGCAAAUGCCAAUCGAAGGCUUGGGCGGUGUUAUUGUCUGUUCAAAAGACGGAAGAGAAAUAUGGGACAAUUCCUUUGAAACGCGAAUAAACAUUCUCAUCGAAACCCACGCAGAUAAACUUAACACGAUGGUGUUUGAGCAAUAA